GCAAAUGUCUGAGAGUAAGGUUUGGCUGUGUUUAACUCAUCUGUUUGUUAGCAUUCUUUUCUACUUUCUGUUAUAGUACUGUGGGUUUUUCCCAUUUUUAACACAUAAAAGAAAUGUCAUGGUUGCAUAAGAUAUAGAUACAAAACAACAGGUUUUGUGUAUGUUCUGUCCAGAUUUUGUAUAAGAAACUACACAAAGGCGAGGCAAGUAUUUUAGUAAAGCACAUUUCAAACAGAGAUAGGUCAAGCUAUUCUAUAUAAGUGAGAAACGCAUGUGAGCAGGUGCAUACAGGUGUAUGAAAAUUAGUGUUGCUUAAAGUUUUGAAACAAAAAGAACGUGCCAUGUAUUUCUCAGAACAUAUGAAGGCUGUACAUUGAUUUACAUCAUUCAUCACCAUUUUUAGCAGUCUCAACUGUGUGGGGGAGACAAAGAAGGUUUUGUUUCUUCUUGUGGCUUGGUGCAUUUCAUCUACAUGACAGCCAGAAAAUAGUAACGUUUCAAAUCAGUGUUUAAUCUUAGACCAGUUCACUCUCUCUGUAAAACCAAAACCAAAAGUUAACUUCUACGGCUAAAAAUGCAUGACUCCACAGUGCUUAAAUGAGCAUGCAAUAUAAAUGUUACAUUGAUAGUUAGAGAUGUCAGUGCGUAACAUUAUGGUGUUGCAAACAAAUCCUCUGGGCCUCUUUCUGAGCCAGUGUAUGUAGCCUAUAAACAGGACGGCAGAGUUUGACUAGCACAGCCACCGAGUUAUGCAUCACAACCACAAAUAUAAUCUCCCUGAAGGCCUUUUUCAAGUCCCCACUGGCUUAUACUGUCAUAAUCAAGAAGGGCAAGCUAAACUUAAGGAAAAUAAACCGUCUAUUGCAGGGGGAAAUGUCUGCAUUGCACCAAAAAUGCAUUUUAAAAGGACGAGGGGAGCCUGCACACUGUGAUCCGUGUGGCAUAGCACAGCCGACCAAUAAUGUUCCACCCUGUUGGCCCUCCAGCCAAUUGCAGCUGCAGUUGAGGUUAAAGAUUGACAAUCAGAGGGAGAGCAGCAGGGAGAGCAAGGGCCUUCUGGAAAAUUCCACAGCCAUCUUUGAUUCACCCUUUACAGCCUUAUAUAAAAUCCAGUCUGGCUGAGGAGGAGAUAAAGACAGAGUCUGAUGUGGUAGAGGGGAUGGAUGCAUCUCUACGAUCCAAAGUCCCUGAUCCACCGGGGUCAGCAGAACGAUCAGUGGCACCACAGAAGAGAAAGGUGUCGAGCCCCACUCAUUCCUCCAAUGGACACUCUGCCUCAGACACCUCCCCCAGCCCUCUCAAGAAAAAGAAGAAGCCUGGGGCUGUCAACUGUAACAAUAAAGACCAGUCAGAGCUAAGACAUGGUCCCUUUUACUAUAUGAAGCAGCCAGCACUCACCACAGACCCUGUUGAUGUUGUACCGCAGGACGGCAGGAAUGACUUCUACUGCUGGCUGUGCCACCGCGAGGGCCAGGUGCUCUGCUGUGAGCUCUGCCCCAGGGUGUACCACGCCAAGUGCCUCAAACUACCAGCCGAGCCCGAGGGCGACUGGUUCUGUCCAGAGUGUGAGAAAAUAACAGUUGCCGAAUGCAUUGAAACCCAGAGCAAGGCAAUGACAAUGCUGACAAUAGACCAACUGUCCUACUUGCUCAAAUUUGCACUCCAAAAGAUUAAACAGCCUGGGACUGAGCCUUUUCAGAAGCCUGUGUCUUUGGAACAGCACCCAGAUUAUGCUGAGUACAUCUUCCACCCCAUGGACCUGUGUACUUUAGAGAAGAAUAUCAAAAAGAAAAUGUACGGCUGCACUGAAGCCUUUCUUGCUGAUAUGAAAUGGAUCUUACACAACUGCAUCAUCUAUAAUGGAGGUAAUCACAAACUAACAGCAACUGCGAAAGUCAUUGUCAAGAUUUGUGAACAUGAGAUGAAUGAGAUUGAGGUGUGUCCAGAGUGCUACCUGUCUUCAUGCCAAAAAAGAGACAACUGGUUUUGUGAGCCAUGUAGUCAACCCCACCCCCUGGUCUGGGCUAAGCUAAAGGGUUUUCCUUUCUGGCCAGCAAAAGCACUUCGGGAGAAGGAUGGGCAGGUAGAUGCACGCUUCUUUGGGCAACAUGACAGGGCCUGGGUCCCCAUCAACAACUGCUACCUCAUGUCCAAAGAGAUCCCUUUCUCUGUGAAAAAGACAAAGAGCAUUUUCAACAGCGCCAUGCAAGAGAUGGAGGUCUAUGUGGAAAACAUUCGCAAGAAAUUUGGGGUCUUCAACUAUGCACCCUUCCGCACUCCCUACACACCCAACAACCAGCUACAGAUGCUGUUGGACCCCUCCAACCCCAGCGCUGGGACAGUGAAGACAGAGAAACCAGAUAAGCUUCGCUUCAACUUUGAUAUAACAGCAUCUCCAAAGAUGGUCCUCAGCAAGAGCUCCACGCCCAGUGGUAUGAGUCGGAGGGUCUCCAUGACAGACAUGCCUCGGUCCCCCAUGAGCACCAACUCUUCCGUUCACACAGGGUCUGAUGGGGAGCAGGACAUGGAAAAGGCCAGCAGGAAUCCUGCCUUCCACUACAGCACCGGAGAGGAAUCAAUGGACUGUUCUGCAUCUCCUGUCUCUGGAAAGAUGGGUCCUGCAAGCAGUGUAACAGGCAGCCCGAAGCCCUUUAACCCUGGACUGGUGCCCAAGCAAGAAAGGACCGCAGGCACAGGCAGCAUCCUCAAUCUCAACCUGGAUCGAGUGAAGGCUGAAAUGGAUCUGAAGGAGCUGAGUGAGACUGUGCAGCAACAACAACAACAACAACAACAACAACAACAACAACAACAUCAUCAGCAACAGCAAGCAGCGUCAGCAGUCGUCCCUGCCCCAAAGAGACACAUCAGGAGCCUGGACAAGACUAUUGAAAGCUGCAAGGCACAGCUCGGUAUAGAUGAGAUAUCUGAAGAUGUGUACAAAGGUGUGGAUCACAGUGAUUCUGAAGACUCUGAGAAAUCCGACUCAAGUGACAGUGAGUAUCUGAGCGACGAGGAACACAAGCCAAAGAGCUCCACCCAGGAUGACAGAGACAAAGCAGAGAAGAAAAGACCUAAAGCAAGCACGGACCGAGAGAAUAAGGAGGGGGCAACAGGGGCAGGGGAUAAAGCCACCCCUGAACCCCUGCUCAAAGAGAAACAGGGUAGCAAUGGCCCAGAUAGGGACAUCCAGGACAAGCCCAGAACACUGCAGUCUCAGCCCCUCACUGACAAACCCAAAGCCCCAGAGGAGGGCAAAGCAGCAGCUGCUACAUCGGUGGCUGAGCAAGACUCUGAUUCUGAAAGAGAGCUGGUCAUUGACCUGGGCGAUGAACAUGGAGGCCGGGACUCAAAGAGAGCGAGAAAAGAGCCAGGGGCCUCUACUGCCAAAACUCUCAAAGAGUCUAAUGUUGCCAAGUUGGAAGGUAAAUUGCCUUCAUCUGCUACCGCAGCAACACCAUCACGGGAAGCUGCCUCCAACCUGAAAGACUCCUUGCAACCGGCUAUUACAGCAGCCCUCAACCUUGUGUCCACUGCAGCUUCUGGUCAACCCAGUGCCACCACAACUACCAGCGGACAUACCAGUUCUCCCUCUCCUGCUUCCACCUCAGUCUCUGCAGCGUCCCCCGUACCUGCAGCUGUAAAGAAACAGCGCCCUCUACUGCCUAAAGAGACGGCCCAGGCAGUGCAGCGGGCAGUGGUUUGGAAUCCCACCAAGUUUCAGACGUCCUCUCAGAAGUGGCAUAUGCAGAAAGUGCAGAGGCAGCAGCAGCAUGGAGAGCAGUCAGCAGCGCAGACUCAGGGGCAAACACGUAGCCCACAGCAGUUGCAGUCACAACAACAGAACUCCUCCUCCAGUACCCGCUAUCAGACCAGACAAGCAGCUAAGGUGCAACAAAAAGACCCGCCUCAGAAUGCGUCCUCAGCUGUCCAGAUCACAUCCGGUAGCUCUUCUUUCAUGUCAGGAGACUUACAGAUCCCCACAGUGUCAGCUGAUGUGGCUGCAGAUAUAGCCAAGUACACAAACAAAAUUAUGGACACAAUAAAAGGGACAAUGACUGAAAUCUACAAUGACCUUUCCAAAAGCACAUCAGGAAACACAAUUGCAGAGAUUCGACGGUUAAGGAUAGAGAUUGAGAAGCUCCAGUGGCUGCAUCAACAAGAGUUGUCAGAGAUGAAGCACAAUCUAGAACUGACAAUGGCAGAGAUGAGGCAGAGUCUGGAGCAGGAAAGAGAACGGCUAGUAGCUGAGGUAAAAAAGCAGAUGGAGGUGGAAAAGCAGCAGGCAGUGGACGAGACCAAAAAGAAACAGUGGUGCGCGAACUGCAGGAAGGAGGCCAUCUUCUACUGCUGCUGGAAUACCAGUUACUGUGAUUACCCCUGCCAGCAAGCCCACUGGCCGGAGCACAUGAAGUCGUGCACGCAGUCAGCCACAGCUUCGCAACAGGAGCCAGAGGCAGAGCCCAACUCGGACCCUUCUAUCAAAUCAUCAGGUCACUCUCCUGCCACACAGACCCUGACCUCGGGAGCAGGAUCCAUAUCAGACAAAAGCAACUCUCCCACAUACAUGGACAAGAGUAAGGACAGUUCUGCCGUUACUGUGACCUAACUACUACGCUACAGAAACUUUGGCAGAUUUAGAAAGGUCGCUGUAGGGCUUGUGGCGUCAAACAUGUGGCGCCAAACCUGGUGCUUCAAGGCCUGCACCUCUGUGACAAAUCACUUUGAUUUUCCAUUCCUGUAUGAACACCCGCUUGGUUGACAUUUUUGGUUUAUUCCUCAUUCACAGUUUCCAUAAAUCUGUGUUUAGGUGGAUUCACUAUGUGAAAGUAGUCUGUCUUGAGAAAUAAAAUGUGAGUCUGUGUGUUUUUAUACUGUAGUUUUAUGUUAUAGCUCUGUUACCACUUUGUUUCCAGUCUGAGGAAGAUUGUAUCAUCCCACAGAAUAUUUGCUGCAUUAUCCCUUUCAAUGCUGCUCUUAAGUACUUCAUGGCAGUUCUGUUUUGUUGACUGCUCUCCAUAGUAUGAGACAAAAAAUGUUUAAACAGCCAUCCACAUCUGAUAUUCAUUUAUCAUGGGUCCAUCAGAGGUAUUUUGAGUUAUGCAAGCUUCACCUUUAUUUUUUUUAAACCAUGUCCUCUUCAAAUCAACUGAGGUAUUCUGGGUAAUGCAAGUUUAAACAUUGUGUCUUCAGCCAUGUCCUCUUCAUGUCAGCGGUGACAUUUUUGGUUCAUACCAGUUUUGUAUUGUAGUUCCACAUUGUAUAGGCUGACAUAAAAAUAUCUGUGAUUUAUUAAAAAUAACUAAAAAAUUUAAACUGUACAUAGGUUUUGUAAGAAGAAAACUGAACAAUAUUUAUAGUGUUAUAUGUUUUUAUAGUAUGUUUAAUGAAAUCACAUUUCUAUGUGUCUAAAAAAAAAGUUAUUUGAAAAUAAAUUACUUCACAUGAAUGUCAGCGCUGAGCAAAGUCUCUGUUCAACCGGUUAUCCAAAGCUGAUGUAAAUCCUGGUCAGACUGUGUCUAUGUACUGGGUAGGUGUAAAUAGAAACUGCAUUUUGGCUGGUUAUUAUUUCCUGUGAGCAUGUAUGUUUUGAGCUUGUCUCGUUCUUGUUUACAUAUUGUACAUACAAUAUAUGGACUUGUGAAGAAAAAAUAAAACUGCUCUGAUCA